UUGCAGAAAUUUGCGCCGACUGCCUUGGCUUUGGCCGAGCCCUGAUGGGCGGGGUACUUGACAAGGCCAACACAAAGAAGUGCUCUGAAAGUGGGGUGGAAUGUGGCCCUUUGCGACUCACAUGGGUCGCCUCAGCAAUGCAGGGCUGGCGCAUGGGCAUGGAAGAUGCACACAUUGCCCUGCCUGUCACUCUUGCACGUCGGCCCAGUGCUGCUGCACCCUGGACAAAGACUGCGCUCUUUGGAGUGCUGGAUGGCCAUGGUGGGGCGCAGGUCGCCAGAUUUAGCAGCGACCAUCUGCCCCAGGAGCUACGGAAGUUUCCCUUGUCUGGAGACCUCCAAGCGAAGAAUGGACAGAUGGAGGAAGCGCUGAAAGGUGCCUUUCACAAGAUUGACGAGCUCCUAAGAAGCGGUCAUUUUGCUGCAGAAGUCUGCGCAUUGUCCAACCCUCCCAAAGAACCAACGAUGGCCUCCCCGAGCGGGGAUGCAACCAUGGUGGGAUGCACCGCAUGCGUUUGCUGCAUCACCGACGCCCAGAUCAUCACGGCCAAUGCCGGCGACAGUCGGGCUGUAUUGUGCAGCGCCGGCAAAGCUAUCCCUCUCAGCGAGGACCACAAGCCCAAUGCACCACGGGAAAAGCAGCGCAUUGAAGCCGCUGGUGGUUGGGUCGAGAACAGUGGGCCGAACCAAUAUCGGGUCAAUGGCAACCUGAACUUGUCACGAGCUUUGGGAGAUCUCGAGUACAAGAAGGACAGAUCUAGACCACCCGAAGAGCAGAUCAUCUGCUCCACGCCAGAUGUGACCUUCAGGGACCGUGACUUUCAGAAAGAUGAGUUUCUCAUCAUUUGUUGCGACGGUGUUUGGGACGUGAAGAGCAAUCAAGAGGUGGUGGACUUCAUUCGAACGCGUUUACCUGGGCGACCAGAUGAGCGGGCCUUGGAGCGAGUCCUCGAAGAUCUCCUUGAUGCCUGCGUCUCUCCCGACCUUCGGAUGACGAACGGCUUGGGUGGCGACAACAUGACGGCCGUCUUGGUGUUGCUCAGAAGCAUGGAGGAACCAGACGAAGCAGGUGAACUUGACCGAAGGACUUCCCUGACAAAAGUUCAACUACUUGCAGAAAGAUCAGGACAACGCCGGGUGGUCGCAAAGGCGAUGGAAGACACCAAAGGUUGGCUGCAGGUGCAUUUGCAAGUACCAGGCGGCAUUUCGAUGAGUGACCUCCACUUGUUCAUCUCCGAGGAGCAAGCCCAGCUGCAACUAGUGGUGCGUGAAGAAAGAGGGGAUGAUGUGAAUUUUUUUGAGCUGAAGGAGCAUUUGCCAGAGGCUGCAAGGCUGCAAAGCGCUGCGCCUGCACGCUUCGUGGCGAGUUCUGGCCAUUUGAGGUUGGAGCUUCCCUGGCAAAAGACCUGAAGGAGCGAACCUGCUCUUAAAGGCUCGAAAGCACGAUGCCAGGUGUGGUUGGAACAUCUUCCAGAGGAGAAACCGAGCUUUCUCCCCCUGUGAGCCGCUGAAAGCACAGUGGUGAAGGGGUCCAAUCCACGGGUGGCUUCUGAAUAAUCUGACUUCCGUUCCAAGGUGAUUGGUCUAAGAAGAAAUCUAAAUGGUCCUUUAAGGUAAGGCCUAUUGGCCUAGUGGCCUAGCCUUCUAUGAAUUCAACCUGGUUCUGAUUGGAGCG